AUGAAAAACAUUUUGAUCAUAUCUGUUCUAAUUACUAUUUCAUAAGCAUGUUCAUUUCUCAUUUAGAAGAUGGAAAUCUAAAAACAAAUUAUAUUGAUUCAAUCUGAAUGUCACUUAAAGCAAAUCAAAGAAGUAGAAACAGAUAGAAUAAUAGAUAUUACACAUAUCUCUGAAGAAUAAGUUGUAAUAGAUGCCUCUCAAAUAAGUGAGUUAAAUGAUUACGAAUUCCUAUUCAAGAAUAAACAGCAUGAAAAUUAAUAGAUCAAAAUCAAGAUUAUUCAGAAUACAGAUCAAUUGAAAUUAAUUUAAGAAUAAAUACAUAAAGAAGGAGUUGAAAAGGAAUAUUAAAUAGUUGUUGAUAAAUUAAAGUCAGACAUAUUCUGGGGUAUCGUAAAAGGUUUUUUAAUGCUAUUAUUGUGA